AUGAGCGCAAAGGAGAAACAGGCAGUGGGCCAAGGCCCUGUAACUUCUCCCAAACCAGAAUCCAUCAUCGGGGAUGUCAUCGUUAUGGAGAAACCCUUCAGUGUCUGGUCUGCCAUGGCCAUUGGCGCGUCAACAACCAACACGGCUAUAGGGGUCAUCCUCACCAUCGGAUCCAUCACCGCCAGUGGUGGCUCUGUCACUCUUUUCUGGGGCUUCCUUUUCAUGGCAAUUGUCGGACUCGCGUGCGCAACAAGCCUGUCCGAGCUGGCAUCUGCUCUCCCUGAUGCUGGAGGCCAGUACAUCUGGGUUGCGGCCCUUUCUCCCCCCGGACCACGUCGUUUCCUCUCAUACGUCACGGCUCUCCUCAGCUGGGCCGGAGCUGUGUGCACCGGCGCCUCGGUCUGUGUCGUUGCGCCCAGCUUGCUCUUUUCGCUGGGAAGUCUUCUCAACCCUAGCUUCCAACAAGAUCCCUGGAUGGGCUUCGUCGCAUACCAGGUGACCAACUUGGUAACGCUCGCCCUGAGCGCCUUUGAGCAUUUGCUGCCGAGAAUCACAAAGGGCAUUUUGGCCUUUACCAUGUGCCUCUUGGUCGCUCUGUUCGUGGGCCUCUUUGCUGCAUCGGACGAGAGGCGCUCCGCCAAAGACAUCUUCACCGACUUCUACAACGUCUCGGGCUGGUCAACCGGCGUGGCAUUCCUGAUUGGGCAAAACGGCUUGAACUGGGGCUUCUCGUGUCUAGAUGCCAUUGUCCACAUCGCCGAGGAGAUUCCGGAUCCCAGCACCAAUGUACCAAAGGCUCUGAUAUUGACAAUCAUUGUUGGAUUUGUCACUGGAUUGCCGAUUGUCCUCGCUUUCUGCGUCAACCAGACCAACUACGAAACUCAAAACUCGGCCAUGGCAACCGUGUACGUAGCCUUUGGAGAAAGCAAAGCUGCCGCCAUUGCCUUUCAGAUCGCCAUCUUCAUCUCGAGCGUCGGUGCAAUGUGGGGGAUUCACGUCUGGCAGUCUCGCCUUGCGUGGACCAUUGGUCUUAACAAGGGCUUUCCCUUUUCGAAGCAUAUUGGCCAGGUGAUGGGUGCUCCUUUUCACACGCCAAUCUAUGCUUUGAUUUGGUCGGCUGCAUUCACAAGCCUGCUGGGUUUUCUCUACCUUGGAUCCCAGACGGCCUUCAACUCACUGGUCUCUGCUGGCAUUCUGCUCCAGUAUGCUAGCUAUGCCAUCCCAAUUGUCUUGCUCUUGAAGCAUGGGCGAUCGCGUCUUCAACAUGGUCCAUUCUGGUAUCCUCGGCUUGGGCUACUGGCCAACGUCGUCUUUCUUUGCUGGGCUCCCAUCGCUUUGGUGUUUUACUGCUUUCCGUACGCCCUGCCAGUCGAAGCCGGCUCCAUGAACUACAUCUCGGCUGUUCUCGCUAUUGUUGGUCUUUUGAUUGUUGUCUUUUGGUACCUAUACGCGCGCAAGAACUUCUCGUUCCCUGAGCUCGGUGCAAGCCGCUGCAUCGAGGAGGUUAUCUAG